GUCUUGUGCAGCGCGUCUGAAGCUGCGUGGGGAGCGCGGUGGGUCUCAGCCCAGCGAUGGCGCUCUUCAGGAUUGCCAGAUAUGAGGAACAAGAAAAGGCAACUAGUACUGAGGACCGGGCCCAGCUGCUCCUGCAGAGGCUUCAGGUUCGUGCCCGAGAGCGACAGCUGAAGAAGCAAAAGCAGGAGGUGGAGGCUGAGACCAGCUCCCUUGGGGAUAAGGCCCCAGGACCUCCUGGGCCUGCAAAGUCUAAGCCAAGUUCUCCAGCCCCAGCAGAACCUGAAAGAAAAGCCAAGAAGAGGAAACGAGGCGAUGGCAGCCCUAGCAGGCUAGAAAAGUCCGAAUCAGAGGCUGACCCUGAGUCCAGCCAGAAAGAGACCAGCAGCCCCAAGAAACCAAAGAGAAAGAAGAAAAAGAAGGCAGAGAAUAAGAACCCAGAAGCUGCAGGAGAACAGAGUAAAGAAGAGGGCUCAGCAGAGGAGCACCCACAGAGUGCCCUCAUCCUAGGAGCUACAGCUAAGAAGGCUCCUCCAAAGGUCCAGCCCUUCCUACCCAAAUGGCUUGCCGAACCCAGCCACGUCCAAAAGAGUGUCAAAGAUGAUCUCGUCCCAAUCCAGGAUAUCCCUCAAAUCCAUCCUUGCCUCCAAAAGAAAUUAAAGGCCAACGGCAUCUUGUCCUAUUUUCCAGUUCAGGCGGCCGUGAUCCCUGCCCUUCUGGAGAGUGCAUCGCAUGGAUUCCUGGUGGGGAGGGGAGGCUACCAGCCCAGUGACAUCUGUGUGUCUGCCCCAACCGGCAGUGGCAAAACAUUGGCCUUUGUUAUCCCCGUGAUCCAGGUCCUUUUGGAGCGGGUAGUGUGUCAUAUUCGGGCCUUGGUGGUGCUGCCAACAAAGGAGCUGGCCCAGCAGGUGAGCAAAGUGUUCAAUGUUUAUGCCGAUGGCACAGCUCUGCGCAUCGCCCAAAUCACGGGGCAGAAGUCCCUAGCCAAGGAACAGGAGAUCCUCGUGCAGAAGACGGACUCUGGGUACUGCAGCCUGGCCGACAUCAUCGUGGCCACCCCCGGUCGACUGGUGGACCACAUUGAUCAGACACCAGGAUUUAGUCUCAGGCAGUUGCGUUUUCUGAUCAUUGAUGAAGCUGACCGAAUGAUUGACAGUAUGCACCAGUCCUGGCUGCCACGGGUGGUGAAAGCAGUUUUCCAUGGUGAUGGUGCCCCAGGCUUCAGCCCACUCUUCCAGAGGGUAGAACCGCGAGCUAUAACUGCUGCCAGCACAAGCCAGCCCCAGAUACCACUCCAGAAGCUGCUUUUCUCAGCCACGCUGACUCGGAAUCCUGAAAAGCUGCAGGAACUGGGUCUCUACCAGCCCCGGCUCUUCUCCACUGGCCUGGAGGGCCAAGGAUCCUCGGCCCAGCCGGGGACUGAGCAGGACACAGAGGGGAAGUAUGCCUUCCCUGCAGGGCUCUCGCAUUACUAUGUGCCCUGCAGCCUCAACUCCAAGCCACUGGCCAUCCUGCACUUGAUGCAUAACAUGAAAUUCUCCAGGGUUCUGUGCUUCACCAACUCCCGGGAGCAUUCUCACAGGUUGUUCUUGCUGGUCAAGGCAUUUGGGGGUAUCCCUGUGGCCGAGUUCUCCUCCAGAUUCGGACCUGGCCAGAGGAAGAUGAUCCUGAAGCAGUUUGAACAGGGCAAGAUUCAGCUCCUGAUCAGCACAGAUGCCACUGCUCGAGGCAUUGACGUGAAAGGAGUGAAACUUGUUAUCAACUACGAUGCCCCCCAGUACAUCCGGACCUAUGUGCAUCGAGUAGGCAGAACGGCCAGAGCUGGGAAUACAGGGCUGGCGUUCACUCUGCUCCUGAAAGUACAGGAGCAGAAGUUCCUUCAGAUGUUAAGAGAGGCAAAAGCUCCAGAGCUGGGAAAACAUCUCAUCCGGAAUGAACAGCUGAAGUCCCUCGUGCCUCAAUACGAGGAGGCGCUGUCCGAGCUCCAGAAAACCAUCCGGAAUGAAUGGAAGCAAAAGAAGGCCUGAGUCUGGCAAGAGAAGGAUUGCGUGUGCCGGGUUAAGCCCAACGAAGCAUUGUGGGAACAAGAUAGAGAGCAGCCGAUCCACUGAGCCUUGGGGACUGGUAUGACCCCACUGCCAUACACAUAUGUGGUCUAAGGACUUGAACACUGUCUAGGAAUGCCUCCUGAAAAUGAGCCACUGGGCCCAAAAGUUGCUGGACCACCCAUCAUGACGGGGACUGGGCAUAAGACUUUAAUUUAAAAAAGAAAAUAGGAUCUUUGUACUUGUUUUGAUAGAAAGUAUUGACCUCAAUUGAAGUGAGAAAAUGGGGGUUGGGGUAGGUACAUCCAGGCUGGUUCUGGAUGAGUGUGAAUGCAGGGACAUUCUCCUGGUCUCCACACCUGAACUUCAGAUCCCAGUGCUGCUGGAGACCAUUGAGCAAAGAAGUCAAAGAGACACGGCCAAGGGACUUCAGAAAUGGAAACCAUAUCCAUCCUAUUGGUGAUGAACGCUUCAUUCAUGCCACCUGUCAGCCCAUGUUUAUCAAAUGCCUACCAUGUGCAAGGUGCAGUGGGAUGAAGGGGAGGCAAAUGUCAAGCCAUUUGUGCAAGCACCCUUGGGUGACUCUGGGCCCUUUAUUCAUUACAAGUUUCUAAAACUACACAUUUUACCAUGCACACCAGAUUAAAUUGGAAAGAAUGCCACCAAGUAUAAAAAUGUACACUUUAUUACACUUUGUUUGGUAGGAUACAUCACAAUUCCAUACAGUCCUCUUUAGCAAGUACAAGCGCCCACAUUCAUCAGUAAUUUAUACUUGGCCCUGCCUUCCUAGUACCAGUCAACCACUCUGGGGAGAGAAAUAUUUUUUCGAAAUAAGAAAGGUGUUUCCAUCUCUGCUGCCAUAUGGAUAGGCCACAGAGCCAACUGCCUCUGGCAGACCACGAACCAGCUUACGUAGUUGGCAUCAUUUGUAAUAUCUGUUCAGGACACAGAGCCUUUUGUUCCAAAGGGGAAACAAGCUAACUCAGCAUGAUUCUGGAAUGGGCAACGACAUGCCAGGAAUGCAAAGCAUUUGUUCUUUUCCUUGUCGAAUUUAAAGAACUCAAAUGGUGCUCUGAGCCCACCUCACUGCCCAUCCAGAAAGUCCUGAAAGAUAAAGAGGUCCAAAAGGGUGGUUUCACAGGCAGGGAAAUAAGGGUGAACUGAACCCCCUCCCUAGAAGGGACGCAGCCCCCAAAGCAUUCCAACUCCCAGAAGACCUAACAGUUUUGACCUAUAUCAAAACAGCCGAGAAGCCCUGUCUUUUGCCAUUGUCUCACCUAAUACCAAUAAUGUCGUAUCUUUAAACUUGUUUCAGAAAGUGAAAAUGCUUUUUUUUUUUUUUUUUUCAUUAAACAGCCUCCAAGACAAAA